GCAAACGGACACCUUGCCGUCGCACAGUGGCUGCAUGGCGUCAAAAGAGAAACGUAUUUUGCUCCAGCCGUCGAUGAAGCAGCUCAAGGCGGACACGUUGAAAUGUUGCAAUGGCUACAUUCGAAUCAGCUUCUUGUAUGCACGACGACUGCAAUGGAUAAAGCGGCCGAGAAUGGACACUUGGAGGUUGUAAAAUGGCUGCACCGCGUUUAUCACGGGUGCUGUUCUCCGAUGGCCCUUACGCAUGAAAUGGACGUUGCGGCGGAAAAUGGGCAUAUGGAUGUGAUCACGUGGCUCCACAAAAAUCGAAGCGAGGGGUGCUCCGAGAUGGCUCCUUGGAAUGCUGCGCAAAAUGGCCACUUGGAAGUUGUUAAAUGGCUUCAUGCACAUUAUCCGGAUACAUUUGUACCCGAGGUGAUGGAUGAAGCAGCUGAAAAUGGGCAUCUCGAGGUUGUCCGGUGGCUGCAGGAAAAUCGCUCCGACGGAUGCACAGUGCACGCAAUGUACUGUACCGCCGUUAAAGGCCACCUCGACGUCUUCUUGUAUUUACUCGAGCACAGGAUGGAGGGGUUCUCAAGAGAAAAAAUGGAUGAGGCGAGAAGUUUCAAAUCUCCCGCUGGUUACACCGAGAAGAGCGGUCAUUGCACAGGCGAGGCGUUGGAUCUGGCAGCGGAGCACGGACAUUUCGAGGUGGUCAAGUGGCUCUAUGAUACUCGUACGGAUAAGUGCAGCGCGGGCUACGCCAUCGCACAGUGGCUUCAUAACGUCAAAGGAGUAGAGUACUCAGGCGAAGCCAUCGACAAGGCAGCCCAGAAUGGGCACUUAAAAGUGCUGAAAUGGCUGCAUCUGAACAACCUUUUCACGUGUUCGAAGGCUGCGAUGGAAAAAGCUGCUGAGCGCGAACACUUGGAGGUGGUGAAAUGA